AAAGCCAAUGCGUAGCGCUUGUCCCCCCGUAUACAAAACUGGCAAUGAAAUCAAAAAACAAGCGCUAUAUACUUUACUCCCAUGUCCCACCGAGAAUCUGUUGCCAUAUACUGGGACUACGAGAAUUGCAAACCGCCAUCUCAAUUACUGGGAUACGACAUUGCGAACAAUAUACGUCGUGUAGCUCAUGCUUUUGGAUCCGUGACCGUGUUCAGGGCGUACCUUGAGGUGUCUGAGCAGUCCCCUAAAUCAUGUAACCUUCGGUCAGAACUCCAGACAUCUGGUGUAUCUUUGAUUGAUUGCCCUCAUAGUGGCAGGAAAGAUGUUGUGGACAAAAUGAUCUUGGGUGCGUUAGUACAUGCUUAUUUUCACUAAAGCUGAAUCGAGUACAUGUUUGCAAGUGGAUAUGCUUGCUUAUGCUAUUGAUCAUUCUCCGCCUGCCACUAUCAUGUUAAUAUCCGGAGACCGGGACUAUGCUUAUGCGGUGUCAAUACUUCGCCUUCGCCAGUACAA